AGAAAAAAAAAGAAUCUUAUCGUUUUGCCCCGCCAUUUCCAGGUUCAUUACCUCUUUCUUUAUACAAACUUUUUUUCAGUUAAAAAGAAGAGUCUUUAAUAAGGUGAAAACCCAACAAGCCAUGACCUUUACCACACCCCAUUGCUUCUUCUCUUGUUCUACUUCUCUUCCUUUUUCCCUUUCUAAAAAACCCAGUUUUUUCCUUUCGAAAAAACCGCGAUUGAGCACCUGGGUGAGUAGUCGAACUCGGUCGAGUUCACUCUGUACAGCGAGUCUUAUUACCAGUCCUGACUCAUUCGAAGUUGGGAGACUAAUUGGUAGCUAUGGUUUCAUGAAUGUUACUAGCUAUUCAGGGUUCCAGUCAGGGGCUGAUCUUGAAUUUUCAUCUGGAGAUUUGGGGCAAUUGAGAGUUCAAGAUGUUGGAGAAGGGAGUGUAAAAAUCAGGCUUUAUGAAGGAAGAAUAGCUCAGGGUCCAUUUAAAGGCACACCAGUGAUCUUUAAGGUUUAUCCAGGACAACGAGCUGCCGGUAUUGAGGCUGAUAUGAUGGCGGCCAAUGAACUCAAUGCCCAUGCUUUCCUCCAGAGCAGUUCCGAAGGUAUAUGUAAGAAUCUUCUAUUACUUCUUGGUGGAUUUGAGACAAAAACAGGAGAGCAGUGGCUAGCCUUCCGUGACAAUGGUAAAUAUAGUGCGGCUGACUUUGCAAAAGCAACUAGUGAGAAAAUAUCAAGAGCCCGUUCUCUACAAGAAAAGCCUUGGAAUCCUUUUGAGCAAGAGCAAGCAUUUAAGCGCAGAACAUACUUUGUCAUUAGGCUAUUUCAGGGUGCUAUGAAUGGUUUAGCCUACAUGCAUAAUCAUGAAAGAUUACACCAGAGUCUUGGACCGGCUUCUGUUAUACUCAAUACAAUAGUAGAAAGAGAUGCCGUUUAUUUGGUUCCAAAGCUUCGAGAUCUAGCCUUUUCUGUUGACAUCAGCUUUUCAUCUUUGGAAGAAGGUCCUAGCACAUUCUCAGAGGAUCUUUGGAGAAGGGCAUCAUCUGCCGGUGCAUUUACACCUAUGGAGAGAAGAUCCUUCGGAAUUGCGGAUGACAUCUACGAAGCAGGUCUUCUUUUUGCAUACUUGGCUUUUGUUCCAUUUUGUGAAGCAGGGAUCAUGGAUGGCCUUUCAUUGCAACGGCUUUUGGAAAGCACUUUCAAACUUGAUGUCAUGGCUACAAGAGAGUAUUGUUUGGCAGAUGACCGGUUGUUAGAAGCUGUCAAAUUUCUAGAUCUGGGUGAUGCUGCUGGUUGGGAAUUACUUCAGGCAAUGCUGAAUCCCGACUUUCGAAAACGGCCAAUAGCAGAAGCUGUUGCUAAUCACCGCUUCCUGACUGCUAAUGUUCUUUGACUUCCAAUGAUUUAAGUAGAAGGAUAUGCUGUUAGUUCCCAAGACCUGGAAAAUGUAAACACAGUACAGACUACAGAUAUGUAAUUCUUCCCAUUUUCCCUUGCUCUAGAACUUAUUUAUUUGGUGUUAAAAUUUUGUUUGUGGCAUAAAAAAUAAUGUACAUAUUAUUUCAAGAUUGUUUGUAAAUAUUACAUAUGUAAUUCUAAUUUCCGUUUUUCUUCUGAAGUUAAAUAUUUAUAAUUAA